AUGUGUUUAAUGCUCAACCCACGUACCAACUGGGCAAGUAAGUCCGUGCAGCGGCGUUUCAGCAUCUCAGCUCAGUAUCCAUACGAUGCGUGUCAAACAUCACAAAGAUCGACGCAUACCGAGGGCCGAAGUGAAAGUGAAGCAGCUGGCGAGAAUGCAAACACUCGCACUUUCCACGUCAAUUUCCACACCUGUCACCGCAAUACGUCGCACAUCUCAACCCCCAUCGCCAGAAUGCCAACCUACCGCAGCAUCAACAUCGCGCUGCAUUCCCAGUUCGACAUGGAAAACCUCCCCGAAUACUACCCGGCCACCUCGCCGUUUGCCCCUGCCCUGGACCACCCCACAAUGGCCCCGCUCAUCAACGAUUCAACCGCGACAUGCUCAGUCUACAUCCCCGCGCUGCCCGGCAGUCAAUUUUGGAUCGUGUACUCGGUCUCACCUCCAGUGCCUGAGGGCCACUACUUCUUGUUCAAGCUGUACGUCGAUGGCGAGCAUGUGGUGAGCUGGAGCACGGGCAGCGAGAAUAGGUGGAUGGGGAAGACGAUGUUUGGACUGUUCGAUGCAGGGAAUGGCAAGACAGUCGAGAAGAGGGUGCUGUGCUUCAGUGCGCCAGAUAAAGAGGGCAGGGUGAAGGACGGGUCUAUGGAGAUCAGGGUGCACCGCGCUAGUGGACGAAGGAGAGUCGAGCGAGAGAUGGAUGUGUAUGGGAAGACGGGACAUGCAACGAAUGCUGGCGGCAUCAGCCUUGUCAACGCUGGACGCGCUGGUCCAGAGCUGCCGAAGCGUUUCUACAAGUUUGCGCUCACCGACCCAGUUGAUCAGCCGUUCGCGACGUUCCGGUACAGCUACCGUACGUGGGAGCAGCUGCGCGAAUUGGGGCUGCUGGACAACGAGUACUAUGCAGAGAGCGAGGGAAACGACAUGUCGGUCAUCGAACCUGAAGAUGGCAGCACUAACGGUAGUGGCAGUAAAUAUGCAGAGGGGGUAAUGAGGAUCGUCUACAGCGAGCCCGAGGACAUGUUCAAGGCGACCGAUAAGAGCAUCUCAGUCCACGACUGGGUUGAAGAGGCUCAUACCACGACAACAAAAGAGGGCAAUAAGCACACCGCCACCUCGUUUGAUGGCAGCAUCGACUCCGACAACAACAUCCCGCACAGAGAAAUCGCCGCAUCCGGUACCUACGUCCCCCGUGGUGCUCCGUCAGAGGUCUUAACAGGCAGCCCACAAUCUCUGCGCGGCCGCAGCCGUCUCGACACACACCGCCUCUCGAUGCCACCAGCGAUGAAGUUCCAUGCGCCACAGCCAUCAUCACGCCCGCUGCCGCUCCCGCAGAAGAAGGAUCUCACCUCGUUCACAGCGUACCGUCCGCAUCCAGCAUACCCGGUCGAGGAGUGGACGGUGCGGACACGCAGCCCGGUUAGAUGGUUUCGAGACGGUGUCACGACGCCACCACUGGAGAGCAGAAGGGGGCUGGGGAUCUCGGGGGCGGGAUUGAUGGGUGUUAUUUCGUCAACGUGGAAGAGGAGUGGUAGUAGCGCUCAGGCGACGAGAGAGGCGGAGGUAGAAGAAGGAGAGAGAAGUGUGUCGUAUUAG